AUGGCUGCAUCAUCCACCUAUGAUGUGUUUCUCAGCUUCAGAGGAGGAUACACAGGCGAUAGUUUUGAUAGCAAUCUCUACAAAUCUCUCUGUAAGAGGGGAAUUCACACUUUCAAGGAUGAUGAGAUGCUUCUGAAGAGAAAGGAAUCAAUAGCAACGCUUCUGAAUGCAAUUGAAGAGUCUAGGAUUGCCAUUGUUGUGCUCUCUCACAACUAUGCUUCUUCCUACUUCUGUUUGGAUGAACUUGCCAGAAUCCUUCACUGCCAGACCAAAGGACUGUUGGUUAUACCGGUCUUCUAUAAGGUGCACCCUUCUGAUGUCAGACAUCAGAAAGGGAGUUAUGGAGAAGCAUUGACUAUGCAUCAGAAAAAAUUCGAAGAUAUGGAGAAGGUGCAGAAAUGGAAGAUGGCUCUGCACCAGGUAGCUAACUUGUCUGGCUAUCAUAUCGAAGACGGAGUUGGAUAUGAAUACAAGUUUAUUAAGAGAAUUGUUGACGAUGUCUAUGACAAGAUUACUCGUGAUUCUUUUACACAUGUUUCGGAUUACCCAAUUGGACUACAGUCACAAGUGCUAGAAGUGAGGAAGCUUUUGGAUUUUGGAUCUGAGGAUGGUGUUCACAUGAUAGGAAUCCACGGGAUGGGUGGGGUAGGAAAAUCAACACUUGCUCGAGCUGUCUACAAUGAUUUAAUUGGUGAGAAUUUUGAUGGAUUGUGUUUUCUUGAAAACGUGAGAGAAAAAACAAACAAACAUGGGUUAAAACACCUGCAAAGCAUCCUUCUAUCACAGAUAUUAGAAGAGAAGGACAUCAACUUUACAAGUACGCAGCAAGGAAUGAAGAAGGUUCUCCUGGUUCUGGAUGAUGUUAACAAGCCGGACCAAUUACAAGCAGUUGCUGGAGGAUGUGACUGGUUUGGUCCUGGCAGCAGAAUCAUAAUCACAACUCGGGACAAACAAUUGUUGGAAAAUCAUAGAGUUACAAUGACAUAUGAAGUGAAGGGAUUGAAUGACAAUGAUGCUCUUCAGCUGCUUAAAUGGAAAGCUUUCAGAAAUGAAAAGGCUGAUCCAUGUUAUGAGUUAGCCUUGAAUCGUCUUGUAACUUAUGCUUCUGGCCUUCCACUGGCUUUAGAAGUAAUAGGAGGCAGCUUGGUUGGAAAAAGUAUAGAAGGAUGGAAGACCGCUAUCCAACAAUAUGAAAUGAUUCGCAAGAGGGAAAUCCUGAAUAUACUUAAAGUAAGCUUUGAUGCUUUGGAGGAAGAAGAGAAGAGUGUUUUUCUUGAUAAUAGACUUAAAAUGCAUGACUUGCUAAGGGACAUGUCUAGGAUUGUCCGGAAGGAAUUACAGAAAGAAUUACAGAAAGAGCCGGGGAAUAACAUUAGAUCAUGGUUACAUAAAGAUGUGAUUCAUGUUUCGAAUAACAAUGUGAGUGAGGCUUAG